AUGUCCAAAAGAUAUAGUCCAAAGAACUCUAGAUAAGGACCUUACCAAGCCAAAAUAAAUAGCACAUCAAUUGGUGAGGAGUCUCUCUAGGAAAGCAGAGUACUUUGAGAUAUUGAAGAAUCAAACAGAUAUGCCAUUGAUUAAUAAAUCAGCAAAGAUAUCUAAUUUGACUUUAAUGCUGUUUUGAUGACUGAUAGCUGUUGGCCUAAAUUUAAUAUUUUUAAAAAUAUCAUUAAGCCACUUAAAAUUUAGAAUAUUUUGGAGUUUAGAUUUACUUAUUGUUUAUAGGAAUUAUGAAAAAACUAAUUAAAUUAAAUACAAAGGAAAAUGGUACUUUAAUUUAGGGCAGGCUGAAUUGAUAUAUAAAAUAUAACAGAAAAAUACUUCUUGA